UAACAUGUAAUGUAAUGUAAUGCACUCUAGGCAUUUUUAAUUGAUACUGUUGUAAUUGAGUUUAAGUAGCAUCUGAAACAGGUGGUUGUUGACCGGCCUGACCCUCACUGCCUAAUAAAGGACCCCUGAUUAGUGUCUCUCAUUAUUAAUGCCGACCCGAACAAGCCUUAUCUGUGUAACCAAUACUCACUUUCAUGAAAUGAUGCCCUGGAUCAGGUUUUAUUUCCUUCUUGCUUAAGACAUUCAUCCUGUUGCAUUUCCCUCUUACAGGGUUACCUCUCUGCAUCUCCACGGCAAGUUUUGAACAACUGUUUGGCUUCGAGAUGUGGAUUUGCUGUGAAUGAUUAACUGGGCAUUACUCAACAAAUGUUCAAUAUCUGUUCUGCCUACUUCGACCCAAACAACCCCCAAAACUAUGAUCCUCAAUCUGUAUUAUAGGCCUGUCAGAUAGAUAAUAUUUGAGCAAGUUAUAAAUGCGAAAAACAAUAUUUUUGGUAUUUUAAGACCUUUUUAUGCCACUAAUGUAAUGUUUUAUGUUUAUUAAAACAAUGUAAUAGCAUAUAAAUACAGUCUUUCAAUGAGUAAUGAACUUUUCAUUCCUAGGAAUAUUCAACAUGUCGAUUUGCUUCUGAAUUAUUAACAGGAGACGUUUAAUUGGUAGGUGCUGAUGGGCGUUACUCACCAAAUGUUGAAUAUCUGUUCUGCCUAUUCGACCCAAACAACCCCCAAAACCAUGAUCCUUAAUCUUUAUUAUAGGCCUGUCAGAUAGAUGAUUUAGGAGCAAGUUAUUGUCCCAAAAAGCCACGCGAUAAACAAUGUAAUUGGUAUUUUUAGACCAUUUUAUGCCACUAAUGUCAUGUUUUAUGACAAUUAAAACAAUGUAAUAGCAUAGAAAUACAGGCUUUCAAAGAGUAAUGAACUUCUAAUUCUUAGGAAUAGUCCUAAUUUAAAAUUGGAAACAAAAAUAAGUCGCUAACAAAAGUGUUCGAGUUCAUUUCCAUAUAGUUACUAUAAGUUGAUGGCAUAAAAAUGGCCUGGAAAUGUGGAUUUGCUCUGAAUUAUUAACAGGAAACGUUUAAUUGGUAUAGAUAAACAAUAUUAUUAGUAUUUUAAGACCUUUUUAUGCCACUAAUAUAAUGUUUUAUGCCUAUUAAAACAAUGUAAUAGCAUAUAAAUACAGGCUUUCAAAGAGUAAUGAACUUGUGUUUAAUUGGUAGGUGCUGAUGGGCAUAACUCACCAAAUGUUGAAUAUCUGUUCUGCCUACUUGAUCCAAACAACCCCCAAAACCAAGAUCCUUAACCUUUAACAUAAACCUGUCAGAUAGAUAAUUUAGGAGCAAGUUAUUGUCCCAAAAAUAUAAUGUUUUAUGACUAAUCAUACAAAGUUAUAGCAUAUAAAUACAGUCUUUCAAUGAGUAAUGAACUUUUAAAUAUUCAAAAUGUCGAUUUGCUUCUGAAUUAUUAACAGGAGACGUUUAAUUGGUAGGUGCUGAUGGGCGUUACCUGAGAGCCUGGCCUUGUUUUCUUUGACUGACAUGUGUCGCAGAACUUUUUUUUCGAAGGGUGGAGGUCCCACUACUUGAAGGAUAUCAAAGGAAAACUCCGUCAUGCUGCGCUACGAAGAGCUGCUGUUUUACGCCGCCUGUGUUUGUAACUGCUGGACCGUGUGUCUGUGUGUGUGUGUGUGUCAGAGUGUGUGUAGGAAAGGUGGUGGUGGUGGUGGUGGUAUGGGAAGCAGCUGGAGGUGGCAUCUCUCCCGCACCAUGAGGCUGGCGAUGCGUUGGUGCCGAGGCCCACAGAGGGGGGGUGGAUGCGGGGGAAACAGACCCUGGAUCAGCGGGCGGUGUUUUGAGGUGUGGAGCUACAGCAAGAUGCUGCUCAGGUCUCUGUACUUCAACAGCCUCACCAACGCUGACACUCUGCUGGACUGUGCCUUCGAACCAGUCUACUGGAUUGUGGAUAAUGUGACCCGCUGGUUCGGAGUGGUGUUCGUCUGCCUCGUCAUCCUGCUGACCACCUCAGUUGUGGUCAUCAUCUACCUGUUCGUUUUACCCACAAUCCUCAGCACCUACCCUCUGUACAUGAUCGUGUGGCACCUCUGCUACGGCCACUGGCUGCUCGUCAUGGUGGUCUUCCAUUACUACAAGGCCACCACAACAGCAGCAGGAAGCCCACCCAAGGAGAAAACUCAGAUUCCAGCGGUGUCCAUCUGUAAGAAAUGCAUCACUCCAAAACCUCCCAGGACGCACCACUGCAGCAUCUGCAACCAGUGUGUUUUGAAGAUGGACCACCACUGCCCCUGGUUGAAUAACUGCGUGGGUCACUUCAACCACCGCUACUUCCUCUCCUUCUGCUUCUACACGACGCUGGGCUGCGUGUACUGCAGCAUCAGCAGCAAGGACAUGUUCCUGGACGCCUACAACACCAUAGAGAGAUACUACCAGACCCCUCCUCCCACCGAGCCCUACGUCGAGUCCACGGCUCACAAGAGCAUCAUCUUCCUCUGGGUGCUGACCAGCUCUGUGUCCGUGGCUCUGGGAGCUCUCAGCCUCUGGCACAUGAUCCUGAUCAGCCGAGGAGAAACCAGCGUGGAGCGACACAUCAACCACAAAGAGACCCGCCGGCUGAGGGACAUCGGAAAGGUUUUCAAAAACCCAUAUCAUCACGGGACGAUGAACAACUGGAAGUUACUGCUGGGGGUGGAAAAAAGGAGUCACUGGUUCACCCGGGUCCUCCUGCCCUCCAGCCACCCCCCCAACGGAGACGGCAUCCUGUGGGAGUUCAGCUUCAGCAGGAGAGACCCCAUGGCCAUCUGACCCUCACCUCUGAACCUUAUCAACGAGCAUUUACACCACAAUCAGAUCGGACAGAGAAGCUCCUGCAGCAGCGAGGGGAAAGAAGCUCUGUCGUUGCCCCGUGUGAAGAGGGGACGACAUGGAGAAAAACACUUGUUCUGAAGCUCCGUCAUCCUUUCCCACCCGUCUCCAUCUGAACACUUUGUCACCCUGCGACUGCAACGCUGACUUAUUAGAUUUAUAAACGUUGCUGCUGGCCAGCACCGUUGUAAAUCCCAAACACACCCUCCUUUCCAUUUGUAGAAGACACAAAAAAAUGACUUUUGGAGCACCUAAAAUGUUGCAUAUACGUUUUUUCAUACAAUGUUUUUGUAAGAUGAUGACAGAUGGAGGAUAACGCAGAAUUGGAGACCCCAACAUCUACAGAUACGGCACAUUAAAGCUGCUCAUGUUGAAGCUUCAUCAAGAUGGAUAAUGCAGCACCUUCAAUAAUGUGACACUGUGGAUAUUUGAGCCCGUAAUAAAAGUCUUACUGACAUCUUGAAAUAUUUUCAAUGUUCAUUUUGUUCUACAUGUCCUGUGAGUAUUUAGAUAACUGUCGUUUUCAGGUUUAUUUCUCUGCAUGUUUACUUUGCCGUUGUGUUCAGUGCUAACGAGAUUAAGAAUCUGGUAUCAAAGGAGAGCGAAAACCAAAAGAUGUAUUCACUUUGUAUUUUUCUGCUUUAGGUAAAGAAAGGAAAAACCGCACAGCAUCUUUUUAUCAUCUUCAACAUUUCUGAUAAAUUGUUGUGUGCCUUGUUUGGUUAAAGUUGUGUGAAAUUCCUGAUUUCUUUUUUAACGUGUUUGUAUAUACAGUCUAUGGUUUGUACUGAUAACUUAAAGAUGGGUGAUUGGACCCAUAGUUGCCAUAGAAACAUGACGUACAGCUGUGAUACCAUGUGUAACCAAUGAGAGCUGUGCUCCAGUUUCAAAUGUAAUUUGUCCUUUUUUUUUUUAAAUAAAAAGUUUGAUAUGAAAGUG